AACGAGGGAGGAAGGGAAGGGUGGAGGGUGAGUAGAGAGGAGAAACACUGCCUUUCAUUGUGCUAGAACAAGUGAGGAAGAAAGAAGCACUCAGAAGGAGAUUUGGUUCCAGACGUAGAACAUUUUCGUGCUGGGUUUUCAGUGAAGAUGUUUCUCAGAGCUCUGAGCACUCUGCUCUGCUGCUCGCUGUCAUCUGCACAGACACUGGAUCCUGGUGGGAAAAAUGUUUGCAAGGAUUCAAGGGACUCCACCCUGGUCUGUUGCUCUGGAUGGCGUCAGCAGGGAAAACAGUGCACCAUGCCUGUCUGUGAAGGUGAACACGCGUGUCUUGAGAAUGAGAUCUGUAUGUUUCCUGGAGUGUGUCGCUGCCCACCCGGCUACUACGGAGCUCAGUGUAAAACACGCUGUCCUUCUGAGUUCUGGGCCCCAGACUGCCGUCUGGUGUGUCCGUGCUACCCUCAUGGCCACUGUAAUCCUGUCACUGGCGAGUGUACAUGCAACUCCACCCGCUGGGGUCCCCUUUGCCAGAACACCUGCAAGUGCACUCGCAAUGGCCGCUGCCACCCUGUCAACGGAAACUGCAUCUGCGAUAAAGGCUGGUGGUCCCCGACCUGCUCCAAAACGUGCCAGUGCUCCGGUGGUGGAUCCAUGGACUCCAGCUGUGACCCACUAACAGGCCGCUGCCAGUGCUACAGGGGGUACUGGGGUAUGAAAUGCCUCGGCAGAUGCAACUGUAACCAGUCUCCGUGUAAUGAGCGGACUGGCGUGUGUGAGUGUGAGGCAGGCUCCUGGGGACCCAGCUGUGACAGGAAAUGUAACUGUGACCUCUCACACAGCACCUGUGACCCGGCCUCUGGGCAGUGCCUUUGCCAACCAGGUUACAUGGGUGAUUCAUGCAACUACCCUUGUAAGGCUGGAGUCUAUGGCAUUGGCUGCAAAAUGAGAUGUGGUUACUGUAAAGACAACCAGCCGUGCUCAUCCACUGACGGUGCCUGUGCUGCCUGUGAACCCGGCUGGAAUGGCACACGAUGUGACCGUCCGUGCUCCCCUGGUUUUCACGGCGAUGGCUGCAAGAAUAAGUGUCCGCGGUGCAGGAAAAAUGAAACCUGUGAUCCAAAAACCGGGAAAUGUUUCAGGUGUGACCCUGGAUGGACCGGACCCAGGUGUGAGGAGCCCUGCUCUGAUGGGACGUUUGGAGACGCCUGCCACUUCUUGUGUAAUCCCUGUUUUCAUGGCAACUGCCAUCAUGUGACAGGAAGAUGUGUCUGUCAGCCAGGUUUUCAAGGAGAAAGCUGUAACAGCACCUGUCCUGCUCUGCUGUUUGGGCUCAAUUGUUCGUCCAUCUGUGACUGUGGUGAGGGGGUCAGCUGCCACCCUGUCACUGGUACCUGCCCCUACAGUGGAAGAGGCGCUGUGCUUGCAGGCGUACUGGUUCCUCUGUUCCUGCUGUUUUUUGCCGUUCUCUGUUGCUGCCUGUGUUGUGGUGGAGGUCCGGCUGAUGGGAAAAACAGUGCUAUUGUGGCUGAUGGAGGUCUGUUGGUCAGGAUGAAAUAUCACGUCUACAGUGUCCUGGCAAACAUCGGUGCUGCCCUGCCCUGUAUGUCUGACUGGUCCUCCGGCCUGCCUCGGGUCACUGUGUCUCAUCAUGACCCAGAGCUGACUUUUAACCACAGCUUCAUUGAGCCUCCGUCCUCUGGCUGGGUCACUGAGGGGUCGUCCUUCGACAGCGAUGAAGAGGAGGGAGAGGCUCUCUACUGCGUUCCUCCAAGAGAAGAUAUCCCAGCCGUGGCGGGUGGGGAGUUCCAAGAGAUGAGCUCCAAGUGUAACAUGUUCCUAGACCCAUCUGGGUUCAGCAGCGAGGACAUCACCUCGUCCUUCAACAUUCCUCGCACCUCCAGCAUUGCCAAGUCCAAGCGGCCGUCUGUGUCAUUUGCUGAGGGCACCCGCUUUAGUCCUAAAGAGAGGAGUGGAUCUGGUCAGGACCCUGGUGCUCCUCCACGCAGCAAAGCUAAGACCACCUGGGGGGUUCUGAUGCUGUCGGCCCUCCAAGGUCAGGGGGGCACCGCUAGGACUGGGGAAGAGGAUGGAACUGAGGAAGAGGAGAGGGAAAAUGGGGAAAAUGUUCAAACAACAGAGAACCAGGAGUCAAGCUUUGAGGUUGUGGACCAGGAAGUUGACAAAACCCCAUCAUAUGUGAAUUUACAAGUUCCUGGGACAUCAGGACGAAGACGGACCAUGUCCAACACAGCUGCUCAUAAAGGAACCCCGCCGCUGACAUCUGAUGGCGAGGUGGGAGCUUCUCAUAAGAUUACUACAGUAUAUGUGACAGUUACUAAAGCUGGCAGGCCCAUAACAAAAACAGAGUCGAGCUCUGAAGGACCCGUCCAGGCCAUGCUGCGCAGACUCGGCAGCCUGCAGAGACAAAAAGAACAGGACGGUGGGAAGUCAAAGUCAAAGGCAGCUGAGGGGAUCACAAAACCCCCAAGAAGGAAGCUGGGAGUUCGGGCUGCCGUGUGGGAGCAGGGAGGCCCAUCAGGAGUGGAGCCUAAGCCAAUCAGGCGGAAGAAGGCCUUUAAUGCUGCUUCAGAGGCUCCUCCAUCAGAGGGAAACACUCCAAAACGGCCUCUCUCAUCGAUCCUGAAGAGCGUCCCGGAAGUGGCCGCCACUGCUUGUGGGUCAGGUCCAAGAGGUGAAGGAGGAACCAUGCAGGGGGUGGAUGCAGCUGCAGGACUAAUAGAGAGCAGCUAUCUGACAGUGGGACCAGCAGGAGAGGCCACUCAGUUUAUCACCAACCAAGGAGCAGCAAACGAUGAACCCUGCUAUGAAAAUGUCUUAAUUACACAACCAUAACGCAGAGACACCUAGUCAGCAGGUCUGAUCAUGAUGCAACUUAUUUAUCCCACUGCAGUUACAACGUAACAGACAGAAACUGCUGCUUUUUGGAUGACGGUGCUUUAGUACAUAAAUUUACAGAAGUACAGUUUACAUGAUAAUACUUGUUUUUGGUGAUGAAAAUGUCUUAAAAUAUCAAUUACAAUCUGUUUAUGUUAGGUUUAAAGAUUGAUGCAAAAUGUAAAUACCAUGAAAACAUGUUAGAACAAGAGGUAAACACUAUCUGUAGAAAAAUCGUCUUUUUUAUUAAUAUCUGUGGAUGUUUCUGUGUUGCUUGAUAUGAAUUAUCAUUCACAGACUGGGUCACAGUCAAAUGAAACUGUACAGGGGUGAUCUGACUGUGUCUUGUAGAAAUGUGUGAAAACAUAAUUCUACAAGUCAACCCAUUAAAGAUUUUUUUAUUUAAAACAUAAUCAGA